AUGAGUGGCACAGGACUCGGAUGGCCCGCUUUAGUGCCACCAUACCGCAACCGCCUUGAAGAGUGGUUUAGCACGCCUGAGAAAUUGUAUGCCUCAUUCGACACGAGGGAAGAGCUUGUAUCAUUGCUUAGGGCUUGCGAUAACACGCUUCUUGAAAGUAGCCUGCAGUUGAUUGCGGAUGCACUUCUUGAAUGGCAUGCAGACAAUGCCCGCACAGUUGCGAGUGGGCGCAGGGAAGCAAGGAGGCGCUUGACAGAGUGCUUGCCCAGUGUCCCGGGAACUGGCCUUAGCUUGCAUGAGCAUUACAAUCAGAUCGCACUUCAGAGUCCACUUGCGUUGCUUCCGGUUCUUCGCAAGCGGAAGUUAGCUACUGAUAGGGUCGUAGAUCGCGGUGCCAGGGCCACUGAAGAGAUACGACUUCGGCAGGAGUAUGCAUUGCGUCUUGCAGCCAUCAUGCAGGAGGCGCAACUGCCGGUGUGCAAGGUGCUUGCAGGGGUCAGCAAUGCCGAGGAAGCCUGGCCACGGCUGUUCGGGACCCGUCGAUCCAAGACAUUGAGGAAUCGCUUUAGGGCUUGGGAUAAGUUUCGGGAAUGGUUGCUUUAUAGCCGUGGCAGAAGUUAUCCGGAAGGGGUAGCUGAUGUGCUAGAUUAUGCCAAUGAACGAUUCCAGGAAGGAUGUGGAAAGACAGUUCUCGAAAGCCUGCAAGCCUCUCUCAGUGUAAUUGAGGGUGUAGGGCGCGUGCCGUCCACGCAGCAGAUAUCUCAGGAUCCCACAUGGCAGGCGCAGCUCAAAAGUUACACAGCCGAUUUGGUUUCGGCGGCACCGCCGGAGCAGCCAGCCAGCAUGCUCACCGUUGCUAUCAUCCUCGCAUGUGAGAUCUUCGUUUGCACGCCUGGGGAGCCUAGUUACUUGAGAGCAUUGGGCUUUGUUUGCUUAUUGAUGGUUUGGGGAUCGCUUCGGGCUGAUGAUGUUCAGGGGCUCCUGCCGCAGACCAUGCUUCUGGACGAGCGAGGGCUUAGCAUUGAUCUCGCGCGGUCCAAGACUACAGGGCCCGACAAAAGGACCCACACCGUCAAGGUCUUCGUGGAACGGAGUAUCUCUCUGACAGGGCAUGAUUGGCUGAAGGUCGGAUAUGCACUUUGGAAGGAUUUCGAUUUUGAGAGGGAUUAUUUGGUUUUGAAGGCCAAUGAAGGUUUCACGGAACCCCUUGAGAAGUCGGUGCCUUCCUCCACGGUGGCCCUUUACUUCCGCAAAGUUCUCAGUGAGUUGAAGACGCCCAAGCGUGAGGGGCGCACCUGGAAGGCCAAUGAUCAGCGUCCGCUGCUCCCAGGAUACACUUCCAGUCAUUUUACGGGCCAUUCUGCGAGGAACUUCCUUAGUUCGGUCGGAGCGGCCAUCGAUGUCGACCCCAGGGAGCUUGAUUAUCUGGGUCGCUGGAAGGUAGGUGGCGAAGGUUCUGCAACCUACAUUCGCACUUCUAGGCAGGUUGUGCAUCGUCUCCAGAGUCACAUUGCUUGUUCUCUUGUCACCGGACAGCCUAAGCACUACAUCGAGGUGGAUUCCAUCAAGGCUUUGACGGACUAUGCAGCUAAGGCGGGGGAGAGCGAAUCUCAGGUUCGUCGCCGUCACACCCUCCUCGAGGGAUCCAAAGGCUUGGGCGGAUCGUGGCCAACUCUGGCAUUGGAAGUGGGUGUUGCGGCACCACCUUCUCCGGUCGAGCAGGUCUCGAUGCCAGGCAGCCGGGGGAAUUACUUCAUCGUUACCUCUCGCACCACAGGCCUGAGGCGUUUGCACAUGUUGGGCUGCUAUGUCAAACCUGAGAAUUGUUACGAUGUAAAAUUUGUCAAUCAUGUCGGCGCGGAGGACGUCGAUAACAUUUGCAAAGAUUGCAAAGCAAGAAUGAAGGCUCAGGCCGGAGAGGAGGAAUCAGACCCCUCCAGCAGUGACAGUGGGAGGAAGUCUCACUCGGCGCAGGCCGUGAGGUGCCGACGGAUUCUGCAUCCUGUCACAGGCCUCAGGGCGACGGGUGGACACAUCGCAGUGCAGCUAAAGGCCUCAGGGCGGCUAGCAAUCCAAGUCCUACAGGGCCACAGGCGAUUCCAGGCAAUCGCCGAUUCCCGGCCGGAAGCUCGGGCUGCUGGGAAGGCGGACUUUGGUUUUGAUGAUGGGGCUGCUGAAGGGCGGCAACAAAUCGCGGGGGUCGUCGCUGCAUGGGAACUUGCACGCGACGUAAUCAGCAAAGAGACGGAAACGCGAGCAGAGGCGAAAGUGUUAGGCCAGCCGCGAAUCUUGCAAGUCACAGAGAGGCAAGCCAUGCUCAAGGCGGUAGCGGCCGUUCACGGGCAGCUGGGAGAGUCGGAGACUCCAUCGUCUGAGUACCUCGCUCUCAAGUGCGAGGAGUGCGAAGCCAAUGAGCCCCAGGCUUCAACCUUGGAUGCCAUAACUUCGAAGAAGAACACGCUCACCACGAGCAUCCAGUCCAGCCUUGACGCUUCGGGGCGAAUUCAUAUUACUCAGCACAAAUCCAAGAGUGAGCUCCCGACUACUACAGAAGCUUAUCGCAAGGUCCUUCGCGUGGAAGCUUUCACAUGGCUGUGCAUGGCAUCCCGCUUUAAAUCCAAGCAGUGGCUUCAGGAUCUCAAGCUGUCUGACUUCGACCACUUCGUGAACUACAUCCUUGGCGAAAAGGUCGCGCAGCUCACAGUGCCUACUUCUCAUCAGCCAGCCGAUGAGACCUACUUCACGACGCCGCUCGCCUUGUCCAUCAUUGAGCGACCACGCAAGUGGCACAAAGGCAAGGGCAAGGGCAAGGACGGUGAUGUGGGCUCUUACCUUCAGUCGUUGGGCAAUGUCACUAAUCUUCUUCAGUUCGAUCUUCAGCGCUCCACGGAGCAUGACUUGACUAAGGAAGGCUUGUGGCAGCACAUCUUUCAAUUGCUUGGCGAAGGGGAUUGGAUCCUCAUUGUGGAGCAGGCUAAUUAUUUUCUUGAUCAGACCGUGACGGCAUGUCAACUUGCAUGGCAGUAUGUCCUGGAGCACCCGGAGGAUCUCGGCGCGACGCCGGAUCACGAGUUACCGGCUUCCAUUUGGCAGCUACCAGCUCUGCGUGAGCUCCAGGCCUUUGUCGAGCAGCCUCCGCCUUUUGCUUCAUGGCCACGCUUCGACUCCAGCGAUCGCUACGUGGGGUCCGCGUGCAAAGGCUUCCCGGCUUCCACUGAAGCAUUGGCAUCCUUCGUGCGUAGCAACAUGCCCGGGCACCCCUUUACCACGAUUAGCCUUUACCUUAACACCGGCACCAAGCCCCACAAGGACUCCAGGAACGCACCUUUGCCCAAUGGGAUAAUAGGGGUUACUGACUUCGUAGGAGGAGAGAUCUGGGUCGAGGCCCAGGAUGGGGAGUCUGUUCAGAUUGUUGACGGUAAGCGCUUAAGUGGUCACCUUCUUCCGAUCAGUGAGACACCCACCUACAUACAUGCUUACCGCGAUCUUCACCUCACAAUGCCCUGGAAAGGUAAGAGAUUGGUCAUCAUAGCUUUCAGUGUAUCGGAGCAUACUCAGGCAUGCGAUGAGGAUCUCGCGUUUCUUCGCGGGCAUGGUUUCGUCCUUCCGGGCGAAGAGCACAGUGCUGAUCUUGAGGCGGUCCAGUCAGAUGAUUCGGAGGUGCUGGAGGGGGGCGAGGUCGAAAGACCGGAGCCCUUCAAGCAUCAGGAGUGCCACAACAUCGGGCUGCCUUUGAACCUCGAGUGGGAUGGCAAAACUCAGCCGAUCACGGAUGGCUUUGGACUCUGCUCACCCACUAGAUGGCCUCCGGAAGCCAGGGGGGGCCUGCUGCCCAAGCAGGCUUUGGAGUUCGCCACUGCCAUGCAUCAAGUGCUUCGAGACUUUGUAGCGGACGUCGUGCCUGAUAUCAAGCGCACGGCGAUGGAGCUUGCGCUAGGCCGCCUUAAGGAAUCACCUUUCACUCCCGAGAUGUUAAGGGUCCUUAGGAAGGAGUGGUUUAGUUGCAUAGAGGCUGCUUCGGGAGGCAAGUGUACGGAUCUUGAUGUGGUGCCGAGUGGCCAGCCAUUCUUCUUGCAUGCUGUGUCUGCGACAGCGCGGCUGUUGCAGGACCCAGAUUGGAAAGCCGUGUACGAGUACAAACACAAGUCCCGCAAGCUCGAUGAAUCGGAUGUCGAGUGGCAUCGCGAGAACUAUUCGUCGGCAAACGAAACGUCGGAUCAGCUUGAGAAGAAGUUUGCAGAGGAAGAGGCUCUUGGGCGCAUGGCGCCUUCCACGCUGCCGGAGGUAGUUCACCUUGUGCGUAGCGCAAAGCAAAGUCAGGAAGCCACCUUUUGCCUCACCGGCGAUGUGACGGCGGCUCACAGGUUGUUCCUUGUCAGAGAGGCCGACUGGCCUUUGUUGUGCUGUAAGGUGCGCAACGACACGCCGGUCGUUUGGUACAACAAGGUAGGAACGUUCGGUAUUUCAUCAUCCGCCUUCCUUUGGUCUAGAUUGUUCGGAAUCAUCGGCCGCUGCACCGCGCGCUUUCUUUUGACCUUGUGGUUCUAUCACCUCGUCUUCGUAGAUGAUGUUCACGCCAACUUCGCAGGAAGGGAGAAAUUUCAUCAUUUGCUCAUGUGGCUAGCAUGCUUCGAGAUGUUUGGCACACCUUUCGCAUACAAGAAGUUCCGCGGUGGGCUCACUUCGGCUUUUGUGGGUUACGAACUUUCUUAUCCAGACCAGAGGGUUGGAAUUUCGGAAUCGCGGGGCCAGUGGCUCUUGAAAUGGAUCGCUGAGGCUCGGUCCUCUAAGUUUGUUGUUUCGGUUCGCAGGUUUGCUGAGUUCUUAGGGAGACUGGGCUUCGUUGCUCGGCUUUUGGUUUGGCUUAAGGCACACCUUGCGCCGCUUUACAGCUGGAGGGCAGCGGUGAACGACAGUUCAGUCGCUCGGAUGCCCGACACCGUCAUCCUUACUCUUGAAUAUCUUGACCUCACGUUCAGGGACAUGACGUUCAAGGUCGCCGCAGCAAGAUCGGUCAAGAGAGCAGGCGUGGCCUUCCGCGCUGAUGCAAAGUGCGCGGACGGGUACGUGGUCCUUGGGGGUUGGGAUUGCGCAGGCACAACUCAGGAGUCCAGAUGGUUCUCACUUCGACUUACUCCCUCAGAGGCCCCUUACCUCUUUGACUCAGAAGGUCACAGUCAGUGGGCUUCGGCAUCGGCUGAAUUGCUGGCCACGCUGGCCGCACUGCACAUCUUCGGUCACCUUGAAGCCGGGCCAACUAGGCGUUUGAUGAAGGUUGAGGUUUUAGCUCAGACGGAUAAUAAGUCUAACGAGGGCUUGACUCGCAAGGGUUCUACAACGCGCUGGCCCUUGCUCAUGGUGAACAUGCAGCUCACCCAUGUUCUCAUGAAGGCCGGCUUGCGGUUGAACUUGGGAUGGCGUCCACGGGACGAAAAUCAGGAGGCCGAUGAUUUAACCAACGAAAUCUUCGACCGUUUCUCUGAGGAGUUGCGGGUCCCAGUGCAGUACUCCGAAUUGCCGCUUUCCUUUCUUCACACUCUUUACGAAGCCAGGCGUGCACAGCUGAGCAGCCGUGAAGUGGAUUCCAUCCGCGACACGGUCGGUGGCAGGCCACGCUUCAGAGGCAAGAGAAAGAGAGAGAAGUCUCCUUGGUGA